AUGAUGGCUCAGCGACUUGCUGCCGCGCUCGCACUCGCUGUCUUUGUCUUCGUUAGCCCUGUGGGCGCUCACGUUGACGCUAAAUUGCCUCAGCUGCGAGGUGUUGGCGGCGAUCGCGUGCUGGAAGAGGAAUCGUCGGGCUCCACGAGCGGCACCAACCCUCCUCUCGUCGAGAAGAAGGAAAAGAACAAAAUACUCCCUAAGCAUAACAGCUCCUGGGACGACUACCUGCUCUCGACCUGCUGCGCAACCAACUCGUGCAAUGGAGGAACAGGUCCCUUGCAGUGCACCAGCAUUAGUCGGAAUCAAGUGAUCCAGCAAGGGUGGACGGCCAUGUUGCAGUGCUUCAUUCGCGAUUUCGCGCCCACCAGCUCAAGCCCAAGCCCAGCGCCUCAGGUCAACCCCUCCGCCAUGUCCAAGCUGCUCGCUGUCACGCUCAUGCUCGCCGUCUUCGUGGUCGUGGACCCCGUGAGAGCCCACCAAGACGCCCCUACGUCGCAGUUCCUGAGACCUGCUGAUGGCGGUCGCAUGCUGGAAGCGGAAUCGUCGGGCUCGACGAAUAGCACGCUGUCCAACCCGCUGUACGAGGCCAACACCAAGAUCAAAGGCUGCCACUGGUACGACUACUUCCUCCCGUGGAGCUGCUGCGGCGCCAACAGUUGCUAA